AUGGAUGGUCGUGUCCACUCGAACAGUCCUUCUUCUCAUCCCAAAAGGUGACACAACACAACCGGUUCUCUGCGUCUCACAACACACGCAUACAAAAGUCAUCCCGCCGAUUGAAUUUAUGGUUUUGUGUUUUCCCAUCACCACUUCUUCCACGUUCUGUGUCCAUGAAUAUUCAUAAAGCUGUUCUCAUCGAUUCAAUUCAAACUAAAUGCGAAUGGAACCAUCGUAUCGUUUUUCACCAAAUGCUUGCCUUUUACCUACCAUUAAAUGAAUGUUGUUGAUAAAAGAUCAACACCAAUCGUCUUUUUUGUGUCCGUCCGUUCCCCAUCUCAUUCCUUCCCUCCCUAUCUGUUUUGUUUCUCAUUUCAGUAUGCGACCUCUGCUCUUCGGCCUUUUCUUCAAUUGUGUUCUAGCUAUUCCGCUCGGCAAACAGACGGGAUAUGACGAUGCGGAGGCGCGGAGACUCGUCAAGUUGGCCGCCGCUUCUUAUGGAAACAAACAUGUUCCGUGCAUUAAAAAGUACGCUUUGACUUGUUGUUCUUUUUUUUUUACUGUUUUUCUUUCAGAUCCUUUGGAAACGGUGAGAAUUUUCACAUUGAGAGUCUAGAGCAGAAGAGUUGCGAUCACUUGGACAGCACGUGCGCCUCGUAUGUCGGUUAGUUUUGUUCUAUAUCAGAGAUGUUGGGAAUUCCGUGUUCCGCGUUUUUUUCAAUAUUUUUUCCGUGUUCCGUGUUCCAUUAAAAAAAAAAAUUUCCGUGUUCCGUGUUCCGUAGAAAUAAGUUUUUUCCGUUUUCCGUGUUCCGUGUUCCGUAUAAACUAUAUUUUCCGCGGAAAAAUUCGAUCACAAGUGGAUUCCAUUUUCAGUCGUUUUUUACUGUAGUUGUUUACUGUUGUGUUGUUGGUUUUGUUAUUUUUAUGAAAUUUUCAGUAAAACUUUCACAUGAGUCAAACAGCUGCCUUGUCAGUCAGAUAAUCGAAUUAAACAAAACUUUAAAAAAAAAAUCACUGGAAUUCUCUUGAAAACGCUUUUUUCCGUGUUCCGUAAAAAAAAAAUUUUCCGUGUUCCGUGUUCCGUGUUCCGUAGAGUAAAAUUUUUAUUCCCAACAUCUCUGUUCUAUAUGAAUAGUGUAAAGCUGGACCUGAAUAACCUGAAAGCAUUUCAGUUGUGUCUGAAAAUGCCCGACGGAUAAUAGUCGUGUUCCGUGGCACCAAGACCAAGACGCAACUACUUUUGGAAGGCUGGCAGUCGAUCAACGACGGCAUCGACUUUUUCGACAUGGGCAACGUCAACAGAUACUUUUUGAACGCUCAUCUCGUGCUCUGGCCCGAAAUCGAAAAAGUGAUCACAGAUGCCAAGUGGGCGGUCGGUUUGGUAGUCAAUUUGAAUAAUACACAACUCUCAAAAUGUUCCAGGACUACGAGAUCACGUUCACCGGACACUCUCUGGGCGGUGCUCUCGCAGCUCUCGCGGCCGCCCGGACCGCCAAACAGGGCUUCCGCGCCGGUGCCAACAUAAAAGUCUACACGUUCGGUCAACCUCGCGUCGGCAACCGUCAAUUCGCCGGUAACUUUGACGCGCUCCUGCCGAACACCUACCGAGUGGUCUUCCGACGGGACAUCGUACCGCACAUGCCCGCUUGCCACAAGAAUCAGACGUUUGUCUCGACGCACGAAGGCGGCGCGAAGCCGUGUCACGCCGAUCAACUCGACUACUAUCAUCACGGAACCGAGAUCUGGUACCCGGACGAGAUGACCGCCGGCGCGCACUACGUCGAGUGUCUCGGCGCUCCGAAGAACGAGGACUUUGCGUGCUCCGACCGCAUCAAGUUCUUCAUCGAUCAGUCGGAAAGUUACGUUUGGGAUCAUCGCCACUACUUUGCCGUCAAGGUUAGUUCUGCUGGCUAAUGAGGCGUGAACAAAUGAAUGUAAACAGGUACCGCCGUACGGAAAAACCGGGUGCGACGACCAGUUUCCGGAGGGCAAGCCGUCGGUUUUCGAGAACGUCGUCAGCCGAAUCAAUCUUCUCACCAGGACGAUUGGACUCGAUUGA